AUAGUGUCAUGAUAAAGACUCCAAAGCCCAAAGUAAAGAAUUAAAGGCCUAUAGAUAAUAGUUUUCCUUUAAUUCCUCCUCCUGUUUUUUUCCUGUCUUCCUCCAUGAAAUGUUUCAGCCUGUUAGGGCGCCUCAUCAAGAUCAUCACAAGAGCCCCAUCAUGGACACCACCCUCUAUACCGCAAAGCUUCCAUACUUGAUUUACUCCAUCCAACCAGGCAAUGGCCAAUCAGGCAUGAGAAGCAGCAGCAACCAGCAACUUCCGGUCAUCAGCCAGACAUCCACCUGCAGUCUCUCGUCAGAAUCCGGCGACCCAUGUGGUUCUGCGAAAUGGGCAGCAAGCCUUCUCCGAGAAUGCGCAAAGGCCAUAAGUGAAAAGGAUUCCACCAAGAUUCAUCACCUUCUAUGGAUGCUAAACGAGCUGGCAUCUGCCUAUGGAGAUUGUGAGCAGAAACUGGCAUCUCUUUUCCUGCAAGCGCUCUUCUGUAAGGCAACAGAAACCGGUGAGCGUUGCUACAAGAUUCUGACAUCGGUCACAGAGAAGAGUCGCUCAUUUGAGUCUGUGAGGAAGAUGAUGCUGAAGUUCCAGGAGGUGAGCCCCUGGACAAGCUUUGGUCACGUAGCUUCGAAUGGGGCUAUCUUGGAAGCCUUUGAUGGGGGGAGCAAACUGCACAUAAUUGAUAUCAGCAACACGUUCUGCACCCAGUGGCCUACUCUGUUAGAGGCCUUGGCUACAAGGAGCGACGAAACGCCACGGCUGAAGCUGACAGUGGUGACAACAGUGAGUAUGGAGAAGUCAGUAAUGAAAGAAAUACGGCAGAGGAUGGAGAAGUUUGCUAGGUUGAUGGGGGUGCCUUUUGAGUUUCAGGUUGUGAGUGAGCUCUCACGCCUGGCAGAGCUCACCAAGGAAGAGCUCGGCGUGCAAGAAGAUGAAGCUGUUGCAGUGAACUGUAUUGGAGCCUUACGAAGGAUCAAUGUCAAGGACCGAGAUGCUGUGGUCCGCAUGAUUCAUUCAUUAGGACCCAGAGUGGUGACAGUGGUUGAGGAGGAGGCCGACUUUACUAGCUCCUCAAUGGAUGAUCAGUUUGUCAAGUGCUUUGACGAAUGCCUGAGGUUUUAUUCUCUGUUUUAUGAGAUGCUAGAGGAGAGCUUUUCCACAACUAGCAAUGAGAGAUUGAUGUUGGAGAGGGAGUGCUCAAGGAGCAUUCUGAGUGUGUUGGGUUGUGAUGGUGAGGUUGAGGUUGAUGUUGGUGAUGAAGAAUCUGAGAUAAGAGAGAGGGGCCGCCAAUGGUCUCAAAGACUCAGAAAGGAGGCCUUCUCACUGGUUGGAUUCAGUGACGAUGUGGUGGACGAUGUAAAAGCACUCCUGAAAAGGUAUAGAGCAGGUUGGUCACUUGUGCUCGCCCAAGGGGAUGAUGAUUCUGCUGGUCUCUACUUGACAUGGAAGGAGGAGCCUGUUGUCUGGGUUUCAGCUUGGAAACCCUAGCUAGCUAGUACCCAUUAAUAUAAUUAUGCAGUAGGUGAUCUUCAGAUUGGUGAGAGUGAAUAUGGAUUGUAUUUUAAUUUAAAUUCAUCAAGACAAGGAGUCGAUCUAUAUGUGCACAAUUGAUCUCUUUUCCUUAUUCAAAUUCCUAUAUAUAUAUAUAUAUAU